AAUGCAAACCUGUUCAAAACACAAAGAUUAAUAAAUUGAUUUAAUUUGUUUAGAAUCUGCCUGUAAAUCUCAUGUGGCAUGUGUUUAAUGUGUUAUUGAGGAUCAUUCUGAUCAUCCAGAUUAAUGUCUAUUUAUAGAUGACAUUUUAAACGUAACUAAAUUUCAUAAUUUAGAAUAAUAUUAAAUUAGAAAACUCAAAAGUAAUAGAAUAUGUAUCCAAACUCAGAAGUGAAUAAGAUUUAAUUAGUGUUGUUGAUAGAGAAUUUGUAUAAAUCUAAAAUGAAAUAUUGUUGAAAUUUGAUGGCUUUUAGUAAUUAUAUAAUAUAUUCAAUUCUUUUAGAGAUGACUUGUAAACAUAUUAUAAUCAAUUAACUCCAAAAGAAAUAUAAUCAAAAGAAAAAGAAUUUUUUGAUCUCCUCAGAAAUGUUACAAAUUGCAAAGAUAUUGUAAUAUUGUACUAAACCUAUUAAAAUGGAGAAAUAAAUAAAGCUAAGUUCAAUCAGGAAUUGAAUACAAUGAUCAAUAAUAAUGAAAUUGAAUCAAGAAAAUAAUAAAUAUUUACAAUCUAUAAAUGUUUAUUAUAAUAAAGCUUGAAAUUGUAAAAGAAAGAUUUAAAUGUACUUUUAUUUAAUUAUAUUAGUAAAUACAAAAUGAUAUUUUGGAAACACUUCAAGAGAUUCCAAAAUUAUUAUCUUCAGAGAAAUCUAUUUAAUUUUAUAGUCUUUAAGGAAAUAAGAGUACAAUUGAGAAUGGAAACAUCAUAACAAUAUCUUCAUAAGAUUAAUAAGCAGUAAUUGUAUCAUAAAAUACAUUCUCUUAUCCUAAUAAAUAUUAAUUUACGAUAAAAGUAGAAUAAUAUGAUACUAAUUAAAAUUAAUUGCAAGUUGGAUUUGCUCAUCAUUCUAAAUUAAUGAAUUAUAAUUAUUUCUAUAGAUAGAAUAGUAGUGCAUAUUUUGGAUUAAGCACAACAGGCAGAAUCAAUUUUUCAGUUUAGAAACCUGAAGGAAAGAUUAUUGGAGAAUCAGUGAGAAAGUAUAUAUAUAUAUUAAUAAAUAAUUAAAGAGCAUUGAAAGAGAAAAGACCUGCUCAUAUUAGUUUAUCAUUAGAUAUACAAAAUAAAUAGUGUUUAUUAUAAUAUGAAGACAUUAAGAUUGAAUAUAGUAAGAAGAAGUGUUCCAAAUAAGGAUUUGGUGGAGAGACAGGAGCUGAAUAAUUCUUUUAAAAAAAUAAGAAAUUUGUAUUAUUUUUUAUUGGGAAUUCUGCAGAUAUGAAAUGCAAAGUGGUUUGAAUAUAAUAACAAAUAAAUAUGAC